AUGAGUGGCCGCGCCUCUCACUCGACAUACGAUACAAUAGCGGAGAUCUGGACCGCUGUCGGCCUGCCAUCGUUUGCACUCGGUGCCUUGCGACUUCCUAACGCCGAUAAUGUUGGCUUGCCAUCUUCCUAUAAGGUCGGACAGCUUGCACAAGCUACGAUUGCGUUAACAGCGCUGGCUGCGACGCUGAUACACACUUCUCGCCAGGGUGACCGACCUGCUGCUUUGCACAAACUCCCUACUGUGACGGUUCCUCUCGAUCAUGCUUGCAUUGAGUUCAGAUCCGAGCGCUUCUAUACCAUCAACGGUCAUGCCCCAGCCAAAGAGCAACAUGCUAUUGGCGGCCUUCAUAGUACCAAAGAUGGUCAUGUGCGGAUUCACGAUGGCUUCCCUCACCAUCGUGCAGCGGCCCUACAUCUGAUCGGCUGCCUACCUAAUGCGAGCACAGAAACGAUUAAACGACAGUUGCUACAAUACAGUUCAACCUAUCUUGAGACCAGAGCCUUUCGAUCUGGAGCCAUAAUUGCUGCUCUGAGAUCAUGUGAGGAGUGGGAUUCGUCACCGCAAGCAAGUGCUGUCGCAGAUUUUCCGGUCUUAAUCACGAAGAUUGCGGAAGGACCUGCUCCUGGGUGGAAAGCCCAUCUAGACAGCGGUGGUCGAAAGUGCCUGGCGGGCUUGAGAGUCCUCGAGUUCAGCCGAGUACUUGCUGCGCCAGUAUGUGGCCGAACUUUGGCUGUCCAUGGUGCCGAUGUGCUUUGGGUGACCAGUCCGAAGCUACCGAGCCUGCCUGCCCUUGACAAAGACACCGCUCGAGGCAAGAGAUCCAUUCAGCUAGAUUUGACAGACAAAAGUGACACGCAGACUUUUGAUACAUUGUGCCAGGAUGUUGACGUGGUUAUUCAAGGCUAUCGACCAGGCGCUCUUGCUGCCAAAGGAGUCAGCAAGGAAGAGCUGCUCAAGAAGACAAAGGGGGGUCUCGUAUAUGCGAGUCUCUCAGCAUAUGGCUCGUCAGGUCCUUGGAGCAAGCACCGAGGAUUCGAUUCCAUUGUGCAGACUCAGUCCGGGAUUAACGUAUCAGAGGCAGACCACUACGGACAAGGUGAGGCGUCGCGCGUUUUGCCUUGUCAGGCGCUAGACCAUGCAUCGGGAUAUUUUCUUGCAUUCGCAAUCAUGACCGCUCUGUAUAAACAAGCCACGGAAGGUGGAUCCUACGCAGUAGAGGUCAGUCUGGCAGGGACCAUGAAAUACCUGAAGAGCCUUGGCCAAUAUCCAGGCAACACUGGUUUCGACUGCACAGACGCUAGCAGACAAGCUGAUCUUCCAGUCGGCAUGCUCGAGACGAAGAUCUCCCAAUUUGGGUCGCUCAAAGCUGUCAAACAUGCUGCCACCAUUGAUGGCCUGGAAGUAGGAUGGGAUAGGAUGCCUCGGCCUUUGGGGUCAGAUGAGCCUCGAUGGCUAUGA